AUGGCAACCACCUCGAACAUGAUUUUGUACUCGCUCACAAUCCAACCGCCUACCGCCACCACCCAAGCCAUCAUCGGCCUAUUCUCGGGCACCAAGGAGCAGCAGAUUCUCACGGCUUCAGGCUCCCGGAUCACACUCCUUCGCCAAGAUGCGACUUUGGGCAGGUUAUCACCGCUGAUCACGCAGGAUUUGUUUGGCACCAUCAGAUCUAUUGCUGCAUUUCGUCUCGCCGGAAGCGCCAAGGCAUUCUUUUUCCUGCUACAAACCGAAGAUGGCGACCUAUUCAAGGCAACAUUGGGUAUGCAGGAAGACGGUGAGGGCAAUCUGACAGGGGAGGUAAACUGUAUCAAACUUAGGUACUUUGAUACUGUUCCCGUUGCGAGCAGUCUCUGCAUCCUCAAAAGCGGGUUUUUGCUUGUUGCCAGCGAGUUUGAGAAUCACCACCUCUACCAGUUCGAGCAGCUCGGAGACGACCAGGUUGAAUUCAAUAGCAAUAGAGACAUCGCCCCUGUCUUCUUUGACCCGCAACCUUCGGGAAACUUGAGUUUGGUGGAAACCAUCGAGUCCAUGAACCCCAUCUUGGCCUCCGGAGUUGUUAAUCUGAGAGAAGGAGAUGAUGCGCCACAAAUCUACUCCGCGUGUGGCAGCGGCACAAGGAGCCACUUUCGGAUUUUGAGGCAUGGGCUAGAGGUCAAUGAGAUUGUGGCUUCUGAACUGCCGGGGACAGUCUCAGCUGUCUGGACGACGAAGCUUACAAGCCAGGACAAACACGACACGUACAUCAUCCUGACCUCAUCCACCGAUACGCUGGUCUUGAGCAUCGGGGAAGAAGUAAAGCAGGUCAGCGAUUCGGGGUUUCUCACAUCGGUCAGUACGCUUGCUAUUCAACAAAUAGGGGACGAUAGUCUAGCCCAAGUCCACCCAAAGGGCAUCCGCCAUAUCCGCAGCAGCGAUCAGAUCAUCGAGUGGCCGGCUCCCCAGCACCGCACCAUAGUGGCUACUGCCACAAACCAACGGCAAGUCGCUGUUGCUUUGAGCUCGGGAGAGAUCAUCUAUUUCGAACUCGACGAUGCCGAUGGAUCGCUUGCGGAGUAUGAUGGGAGAGAGGAGAUGUCUGGGACUGUAACUUGUCUCAGCCUCGGUCAAGUCCCCGAAGGCCGUCUGCGGAGUUCCUUCUUAGCUGUCGGAUGCGACGACCGUACCAUUAGGAUCCUCAGUUUGGAUCCGGAAUCGACGCUCGAGAGCAGGUCGGUACAGGCGCUCACGGCGGCGCCCUCGGCCUUGGCCAUUAUACCGAUGGACGACUCCUUGCUUGGUGGCUCAAACUCUUCGGAUACCAAUUAUAAGUUCCUCGGCGUCAGACCUGUCAGGCUCUUUCCGGUCACGGUCAAGCAGAAACCACGUGUCUUGGCCCUCAGUUCCAAGGCCUGGCUGGGCCAUGUUGACCUAGCAAGAGGCUUUCUAUUCUACACGAUCGAAUCCGAAAACAACACCCUCGCACCAGAGCUGCGUGCACAAUUAGUAGCUGCAGGUACCACAGCGCCAGGCGGGGAAAAGCCAGAUCAUGUUGCAGAGAUACUCCCGCCUGAACAGUUCGGGUACCCCCGCGGACAGGGUCGAUGGGCCUCAUGCAUAAGCAUUGUCGACCCUAUCGGCGAAACGGUCAUCCGGACCAUCCAUCUCCAAGAGAACGAAGCAGCUGCAAGCCUGGCAAUAGCAUCGUUUACGAGCCAAGACGACGAGUCCUUUUUGGUUGUUAGUACGGGGAGGGACAUGGUUUUGAAUCCGCGACAGUUGUCCGGGGGUUACAGUUAUGUCUACCGUUUUCAUGACGACGGACGGGACCUCGAGCUCAUUCACAAAACAGGGACGACAGAACCGCCAACAGCCCUAGAAGCCUUUCGAGGUCGGCUGGUCGCAGGAAUUGGCAAAACUCUGGUGGUAUACGAUCUGGGCCUAAAGCAAAUGCUUCGAAAGACCCAAGCCAACGACGUGGUGCCGGGUCUGAUUGUUUCGCUACAGACACAGGGCAACCGCAUUGUCGUUGGCGACGUACAACACGGUGUUGCCAUGGUUGCAUACAGGACCGAGUCCAACCAACUCAUCCCGUUUGUCGACGACACAAUCGCGCGGUGGACAACGUGCACGACCAUGGUCGACUACGACUCGGUAGCGGGCGGCGACAAGUUCGGCAACUUCUGGAUCGUACGGACGCCCCAGCAAGCCAGCCUCGAAGCCGACGAGCCAGGGGCUCACCGUCUCCUCCACGCCCGCGAGCACCUCCACGGCGCCCCGCACCGGCUCCAGCUCACGGCGCACUUUCACACCCAGGACAUCCCGACGGGCAUCACCAAAACCCACCUCGUCGUGGGCGGGCAGGAGGUUCUCGUAUGGAGCGGGUUCCAGGGCACCGUUGGCGUGUUCGUGCCGUUUGUGACGCGCGAGGAUGCCGACUUUUUCCUGGCGCUAGAGCAGCACAUGCGCGGCGAGGAACCGUCGCUGAUCGGCCGCGACCAUCUCGCGUAUCGGGGGUACUAUGAGCCGGCGAAGGGCGUUGUGGAUGGAGAUCUCUGUGAGCGGUAUCAGCUGCUACCGGGGGACAAGAAGCAGAGGAUCGCGGCGGAGCUGGAUCGCUCGGUGAGGGAGGUGGAGAGGAAGAUCUCGAAGGGUCCCAAUGGUCCACUGCCGAAACAUGGAUUGGAAUGCGGUGAGGCUGAGGAUCAUCCGAUCAGGGAUUACACAGGUACAGGGCUGAAGGUGGUGUCACCAGAUGAGAUCAUGUCUCUCCACCAACCCAGCUUCUCCGCGGCCCAAGACGGCCCCUUGAGUCUACAGCCAGCACCGCUCAGCUCUUGGUAUUCUCCACCGCCUCCUCGGCUGACUUUUGCAGCAAUUUGCGCGCGCGAUCGGUGGCGAUAUCACACAUGGCCUAGGCAUUGA